AGUCACGUGUUUCUUUGUUUAUACAUGUAAAAUUUAAAUAAAAUGAAGAGUCGCGCACAACAGAAAUUAGAACUGCACUGAAAAUGGUGUCCUCCCGUCGGUCGUUGUUAUUCUGGAUUUUUGACAUUUUCGCGAUAUUGUCGGUAAAUGGACGACCUUCUAGGCGAUACGUGCCACAUUUUGAACACGGUGUAAAGGUAGCUACGGUAAGCAGCAAUGAAAUCCACGAGGCAUCGGGACUGUGCGCCAGCCGCCUCCAUCGGGAUGUUCUGUACACGCACAACGACUCCGGGGACCACACCGGAAGUAUCUACGCCAUCUCUGCUCACGACGGUAGCACGAUUGCACAGAUCACAAUCCACGGUGCCACCAAUAUCGACUGGGAGGAUAUUGCCUGUGGCAAAUGUCCCGGCCACCCGCAAGAGUUUUGUAUCUACAUCGCCGACAUAGGCGGCAAUACCCAUGCAGCCGCCAACACCAUUUACCGGAUUAAGGAGCCGGCGACAUUCUCUUCACAUCUCACUGUUGACCUCGACUCGACGCUUACAUUCGCCUGGAGCGAACACAAUGCCGAAACCCUCAUGGUCGAUCCUCACGGUGAGCUUUAUGUAGUAUCCAAGAUUGUCGGCGGACACGGUCGAAUGGUGAAGCUCCCGUCUAGCGCCUGGGGCUCUUCGCACGCCGCCAGUGUCACCGAUGGCAUCCACCUUAACCUUGACAGCACCAGGAACUACCCCGUCGGAGGGGAUAUAUCACCCUCGGGAUAUGAAGUUCUGAUAAAGACCCUCGACCACGUCAACUAUUACUACGUACCAGACGGUGACUACAUGAAGCAUAUGACGUCACGACCCAUUCAGUUGCCAUACGAACGAGAAGGUCAGGGCGAGUCCAUAGCCUGGGCGUCCGAUGGACGGGGCUACUUCACACUCGGGGAGGGGAGACACCAGCCCGUGUGGUACUACAAGAGAGUGGGUGAUCCAGCCACUGUUGGUUGAUAGGUGAUAGAGUGAAUUUUAUGCCAGUUUAUCUUUAUUUCUUAUCAAAAGGCUUUCGUAAUAUAUUUAAUGUAUGAAAUAAAUUUAUGUUCUACAAUA